CACCCCGAGAGCAUGUUCCCGCGAAACGUGGGAGUGGAUCAGAGAAAGUACUGGGCAGAAGAUAAGGAGGCGGUGCCACGAGGGCUCUGCCCCGCUCCCGCUCGGCCGCAGCACCUGGACCUGCGUGCGCCUCCCUCCCCUGGGCAGCUCCGGGAGCGGCGCGACCCUGCGCACCCCUGGGGACUGAGGCGGGGAUAAGGCAGCGAUGGGGACCGGGCGCGGGACGGGCGGGGGUAGGCAGUGCCGGGAGUAGCGCCCGGGAGCCGGGGAGGCACGGCUCCAGAGCCCAGAGCAGCUCCGCAGCCUGGGGAAGCUGGGUCUGGAUCCCCCCUCUUUAAGGAGUUCUGGGAAGUUUGGGGGAGGGGCAAGCAGCGCGCUCCUGCGCUACCGGCGCGGGCGCGGUGGGGUGAGCAGGGGACCUAGCCUUGGGUCCCGGGCUGCCGGUCCUUCGCUCGGGGGCUCGGGGAGCCGGAGGGCGGGCGGCGCGGGGACAGCAUGGGGGGUCUGGUCCUCCUCAACGCCCUGGUCACCCGGCUGCUGUUCCUGCUGCACUCGCUGGUCGGGGUCUGGCGGGUGACCGUGGUGAUGAAGGAGUCGCGGUACUGGCUGCUGGCGCUGCUCAACCUCCUGCUGGUGCUGGAGACGGUGCUCACCCUCAAGCUCAAGCGCGGCCGAGGCUACAAAUGGUUUUCACCAGCCAUAUUUUUAUAUCUGAUUAGCAUCGUUCCAUCAUUAUGGCUCCUUGAAAUGCAUCGUAAGACCCAGGAUUGCGGUAUCCAAUCUGAAAGGAUGUCACAGAACACCAGCAGAAAAGAUGACUUCAGACAAUCUCUCAUGUUCAGUGAGGAAACCAAAGGAGUGGAGGAUAUCAUUGAGACGGCCAAAGUUUUUGUAAACAACCUGUCUACAGUGUGUGAGAAGUACUGGACUUUGGGACUCCAUCAGACAUUCCUGCUAAUGCUAAUAAUUGGAAGAUGGCUUCUCCCCAUUGGAGGCACCAUCACUCGGGACCAACUCUCAGAACUGCUCCUCAUGUUCGUGGGAACAGCUGCUGACAUCCUGGAAUUUACCAGUGAGACUCUGGACUUGGAAAAUGUGAGGACUAACACUUCACUUGUCUGCGCCAUCCUUGUGAUAUGGACGUGGAGCAUGCUGCAGUUUCCACUUGACCUGGCAGUGCAGCAGGUGGUGUGCCCCUCGUCUGUGACAGCCAGGGGAUUCCCCAGCAUGUUCUUCUGCCAGUACAGCUCCGACCUGUGGAACAUCGGGAUCAGUGUCUUCAUCCAAGACGGCCCCUUCCUCACCUUGCGCCUCAUCCUGAUGGCGCAUUUCAGUGUGAUCAAUCAGAUGCUGGUGUUCUUCGCCGUCAAGAACCUCCUCGUGGUGCUGCUGCACCUGUACCGCUUGGUGGCUCUGGCGUCUGCUUUCCGAGCUUCCCUGCACCGGCAGCCGGAAGGCCUCAAAGCGGAGCCGGGCUGCUCCGUGGGACGCCCUGAGAGCGGGCUUGGCCCCGGCGAGGGCGGCUCCAGGGAGGGCCUGGCUAUUGCUCUGCAAGUCUCACCGGCCGCCUCUGAAGCCUCUUGUCCCACACCGUAGUCCUUCAUUCCCAGCAGGACGCAGCUGGAAGGAUGGACGUUUCCCGCCCUCCUUGUGGACCCCGCCCUCUUUUUCUUUUCCUCCCAUCUCAGCACCUGAUGAUUUUCAAAGAAGCAUCAUGAAAAGGUGAUCUUAAAGGAAAGCCAAAGAACUUCCUUUCUGCAAUGAAACGGAAGGAACUUGGGUUAGUGCUAAUGUCUGCCGCUUCCCUGUGACGCUCUAAGAUGUCACAGUUGUUAAGUCACUAAGUGAUUUCUUCCUGCGGAACCGUUUGAAGAGCAGUGGACAAGAUUGCGAUGAGGUGCCCGCGAAGGAUUCAGGGCAAACUGUCACGGCUGCUACCUGAGAACACAGAGGCUUUGGGCUUGGGCUCCGGUGUGCGACUGUGUCCUCUGAUCUCCCCUGCCGUGUCCUUCCAACAUCAAAAAUGCACGUCCUGAAUGCAGAGCAAGUGAGGGACGAGGGCCUCACGACGACCUCCCGGGGUCUGGCGGCGGUGGACGCAUCUGCCCAGCCUCGCGGUCGGGGAAGCGGAUUUGCGCCGCACAGGCCUCCGGGAGAGCUGCUGUGCCGGGCACACGUGCUCCUGCAGGAGCUCUGUUGCGUCUGGCUUGGGCACCACAGCACUCACAGGACGCCGUUCAGUUGCCUGUCUGCUGUGGCGCGGCAGGAGGGACGGCGAAGAGCUAGCACGGCCGCAGUCUCCACUUCGAAGAGGACCUGCGGUGCGAUUAGCCCUCACUGCGGUUUUCUCCAUUGCCCGAGCAGACGCAGGGAUGCUGCGGAGCGUGGAUGAAGGUGUCCACGGCCGUCCGGUGUCUGCCAGCAGCAGCAAGCACAGGUGCAUCUGCUCCAGCCUGGAGUCCCUGGAGCUGGUCUCCGGCCGGGACGAUGGGUGGACGGUGCGGCCCCCUAGCCGUGGCCUGCGGUCAGGGAUGGAGGGAGGUGGGGAGCUGGCCUCGGAAUCACGGGCAUCAGGCAAUUCUAUUCUUCUCCUGUGUCAACAUUUCCGUUUCCUACCAUUUAAAUAGCCAUUUUGUCCCCUUGACACACCUUCGUACUUUCCAGAUGGAGGUGAUUCUGAAACCUUUAAAGUGAUUUGUUUUUAAAGAUAUAGUGGGAAAAUUUACUUGAUUGUGUAGCAGCAAUUAUAUAUUAAGCAAAGAAUUCCGAAGUCCUAAGGGUUUUAAGCAUCGUUCCGCCUAUGUUAGUAUGCUCAGGAAUUCAAAAGGACCUUUUCAGGCAGGAAUGCCCCUAACAGGCUGUGACCUAUUGUCAACCAUUUGGAACAGUUCUGUCUAUAAAUCUCUGUGUGGCAUACCAUCCAUCAAGCAUUUGAUAAAAAAGUUUCACGAAUACCUUCUGAUUUUACAUAGAGUAAUGUAUAUUUUUCAAUAAAUCUUUCUUCUCUUCCUAUGCUCUGAAUUUUAACAAUAUAAGGGCUGUAAAAUUACACAUGAAAUGUGUGGGAUACAUUUAUAAUUAUACAUAAUAAUUUUAUGCAAGUUAUGGUCAGGAAAUUAUAUUUAUGUGAAAUAAAGAACUUGACAACUUUAAGGGCAUGCUAUUUCAAAUGCUUAGCAAUGGAAAGCAAAAUAAUAACUGCUAUUUAUAAAAAUGCCUCUGCAGAACCUGUUUUUAUGUUGACAGUUUUAUGUUGACUUUUUUCUUCCACAACAUAUAUGUGCUGCUUAUUACUGCAGAUUUGCUCGUGGCAUACUUUUCAUGUUUUAAUUUUUUUCUUCCAGCAAAACAAACACUGAGCCUCUAUUUUUAGUAUAAAGUAGUAAGGCUGUUGCAAGGAUAUUUUUAAGUGCUUUUAAAUCUGAGACUUGGCUUGGAUUCGUGAAUGAGUUUCUAGUGUUUAAAUAAAGUAUUUUGCAAUUAGCACUCCUCCAAAGGCCUGGGAAA